AUGAGCAAUAAUCGAAACGAGAGCGACGCUAACUGUAAAAAGAACCGCGUCGGCUUCCCAUUCAACAAUUUAAGGCUUCAAGAAUGGACGAAUCAUCGAAGCCAAAUUGUGCCGAACCGCGGGAAAACUCCUCGUUCCAGUCGUCUGACAGCUCCAAGAGCAAGAGACCCGCGGCACGUACAAUUUCGAUCAGUCCAGCUAUUUACAGCUCCGCAACCCGCUGAUGUGGCAACGAGAUGCUACACGAUUCCCUACCGAAUCGUCAGAAGCCGCGGAUCGAAAUUUACUCGAUUCCGUCUCCAUAAUCGUUACAGAUGGAUUCAUCAGUGCGAGCCGCGGAAACCUCAUUAUCUCAAAGAUUUUGAGGGUCGGUCCAGCAGUGGUCAACGUGCACAAAAGGCACUACUUCUGAAACAGAAGACGCCAGACGGAAUACGAUCGAUCCGAAAGGCUUUGAUGCCACAAAACGAGCCAAAGCUCUACGAACAGUCAACAACCGGACAUCGUGAACUUAUGGACAAACUGAAGGCUCCAAACACCAAGAUCAGCCUAGUCCCAACACCAGUCACACACGAUCCGCGGUUGCACUGUAGCUUCCAGUCAAAUGAUUCAAGCCGCAUCCAACACCCGGUACAGCUCCGCCACUACGCCGAGCACACUUCACACGAAGUAACACCAAAUCCGCGGUGGAAUAGAUGCCCACUCUCUACCAAUGGCUAA